AUGGUAGUGCCAACAUCGCAGCCGAAGAAGAAAUGUGCUGUCCUCGGGGCAACGGGCUCCGUGGGCCAGAGGUUCAUUCUCCUUCUGGCUAACCACCCGACGCUCCACUUACAGGCCGUUGGAGCGUCGUCGAGGUCUGCUGGCAAACUCUACAAAGAUGCCGUCAGAUGGAAGCAAGCUCGACCGAUGUCGACAGAACUAGCCAAUCUCGAAGUUAGGGAGUGUAAAGCCAGCAACUUCAAGGACUGUGACUUGGCUUUCUCCGGCUUGGACAGUGAUGUUGCCGGAGAAGUCGAAAUGGAAUUCUUGAAGGCUGAUAUUCCUGUUUUCUCAAAUGCAAAGAACUACCGGAGAAACCCAGUCGUACCGCUGGUCGUGCCAACAGUCAAUCUUUCGCAUCUGGCACUGAUUCCCCACCAACGGAAACAUUUCGGUCUAAACAAAGGAUUUUUGGUCUGCAAUUCAAAUUGCGCCGUCAUCGGGAUCGUCAUCCCCUUUGCCGCACUCCAAGCAAAGUUCGGACCAGUUGAAGACGUCGAGGUGUUCACCGAGCAAGCUGUAUCAGGUGCCGGCUAUCCAGGCGUCGCUAGUAUGGACAUCGUGGAUAAUGUUAUCCCUUAUAUUGCGGGAGAAGAGGACAAACUCGAAACUGAAGCCCAAAAGAUUCUGGGCUCUAUCAAUUCAGACGCCACUGCGUUCGAAGAACAGUCAGACCUGACAGUGGGCGCUACUUGCACGAGAGUGGGUGUCACAGAUGGCCACAUGGCAUACGUGUCAUUGCGAUUCAAGCAUAGACCUGCGCCCACUGCCGAACAGGUGAAGGCGGCCAUGAGAGAAUAUGUGGCCGAGGCGCAGAAGCUGGGAUGCCCAUCAGCUCCUGAGAAGGCCAUCGUUGUCUUCGACGAGCCAGACAGGCCUCAGCCACGACUUGACAGAGAUAUCUCAGGAGGGUAUGCGGUCAGCGUGGGUAGAGUUCGGGAGGCUGCAAAAGGGUCACACUUUGACAUCAGGUUUGCGGCAUUGAGCCACAACACCGUCAUUGGAGCAGCCGGCUCUUCUAUCCUAAAUGCAGAGGCCGCGAUCAUCCAAGGGUUGCUGUAA